AUGGACAUUCCAUCCUUGCUGUCUGUUAAUGCCUCAGCAUUUCUCGAGCUUUCAAGCUACAACUUCAUUCGCGCGUCCCUUGUCGUCAGUGCUGACAUGUCCAAUUCUUUGGAGAGUCAGUUGGAACAUCUCAUGCAGGAGGAGUAUCCUCACAUGGCGGGGUCUUCUCCUUCACCUCGUCCAGCGAAACGUCUCAGAGGUGCAAAUCUGUUGGGGUCUCAGACGCAGAUAUCCCAUGCAAUGUUAUGCAGGUCCGAGCAUAUAUGUGUGUACUUCUUACUUUGUGUCCUGAUGAGGUUUCGCGCCUUCUCUGAUUUGGAGAUCGACCCUCCUGCCCCACAUAUCUUGGCGCCGGCACCCGUCAACCCGAACGCGAUCACAAUGCCAGCCAUGUACGAGCACUACAUGCAGUGGGGUCGUAACUCCUUUCCAGACUUCGCUCCGGAGACCUGCAAACUCGUCUCCAUUGCCAACUACAUCUGUGACAUGGAUGCCGCAAACUAUUGCAUGUCUAACAAACAGAAGCUUAUGUUGGCUAUGUUGAUUGAUGGCCAUAACUGGAGGGCUCAUUGUCGACAAGCUUUUCGGUACGAGGACGGUGCUUGGGUUCGCUGUGAGAACUUGUCCAUCGAUGCAUGGGAUUUGCUGAUGGCCUUGGAGGGCUUGUUUGUUCAAGUCUCUCUGGACUUGGCGGCGGCAGAGCGAGAGUCCCAAUGGAGUUGGGAAGCUGCCGGCGCCGAAGUGCUCAAUGUGAUUCGACAUCUUCUUCAACAGUCCGUGGAUGUGAUUAAAGAGCUAUGUGGCGUCGCCAAGGCUAACAGUGAUCAUCUUCGCAAAGCUACAGGAAACAAGGCGUGGCAUGCGAAAUGGUCUCGCCGUGUCGCCGAUAUGCUCGCUCAAUAUCGGAAGACAUGGGAAAGCGAAAUCUCCUCAAAGCCUCUAACAAAGUUGUUUCUCUUGGAGUGGGAUACACCUAUGCCUAGAUCGACAGGCGUCUGUUUCACAGACGUGUACCUCGACGAGAAUUGGGAUGUGGCUCCGAAAUCACGUGAUCGGAAUUGCUACUUGAAACUGAACUACCGCUACCUGUAUGAACAUGUGAUCGCACAGAACCCCAACAUUGAUGUCAACAACUUCCGUAUCAGGCUUCGUCUCUUCCUCAAGUCUCUGUAUUACAAGAACGAACAUGGAUUCCAAAUCAAGUUGUGCUUCCUCCACGCAGCCUUCAAGCGAGUAUGCACUUCCAAAAUGAUCUUCCAGAUCGGCAAAGGUGGCGAUGGUAAAGGAAUGGAGGCAAUAUUGGAUCGCACCUUGUUCGGGGACCUUGCUUCCUCCACAUUGGAUUGUGGGGUCUUCUUGGACCGGUCGGAAUUCCGCAAAUCUGCGGAGUUGGCAUGGAACAUGGCCAAUGUUCGCAUCCAAGAGAUGGAUCAUAAGUCUUCCUUCCAUGCCGACCUAUGGAAGCGAUUCGUAGUUGACGAAGACAUCGACUGUCGGGUCAACUACGGCUUCACCACUAAGCGCAAAUUUGGUGAGAGCUUGAAGGUGCAGGAGUUAAAUUAUGACAACAUACCCACAAUUGAGGAAGCUCGCGAUCGCAACAAAUGCUGCCAGCAGCUGGAGAGACGUAUCGUGUGUCUUCGCAUGGGGAAGGGGAAACUCGUCAGUGAUGUCAAUGAGGUGGACACAGACAACGGCGUCUUCCUGUUGAUUCCACAGGACGAACUAUCUGCUUUCCUAUCACAUGAGAUAACGGCCGCCCUGUUCCUACGGGAAUACUGCAUUCCGUUCGACCUCGCCGGUGUUCAUGCCGAUCUUGUUCGUGAUACCAAGUGGCGAGCUUCACGCCUUGCGGGCGGCAAUGCUCCGCCUCCUGGAGACGAGACGGAUGAUGUGAAUGAGUUCAAUAGACUAGUCAUUGCUGCUCAUUCGCAGACGCCCUGGAAAAGAGUGUCGAAGGAGUACCUCAUCCACAAGAUUGAGGCUUUGCCAGGAGCCAUAUACUCGUCGAAAGGAAAGCGGACUAAACUUUCUUAUCUUAUCGAGGCCGCGGACAACGCUGACGUGAUCCUCUUGAAGCAAGUGGAUCAUGGUUGUUUCCACAAGCUCCUUCUGGAUUGGACAAAACUACAGUUGGCCAUGGACAAUCACGGCGGCAUCGACAAGUACGGGUCCUGGACGGAAUGGGGCGAUCCCUUUGACUUGCUGCACACGCAGGAGAAGUGGACAGGGGCAGCCUUUCACCAUGACGCACAAAUUAUCCGACAAAACAAAACUAUCGUCGAAGAUCUCAGUGCGCUCGGGCGUAAUAGUGCACUCCGCUUGCAGGAGAAAGUGAAUUUGACUGCGCUCAUCGCCUACGCGCAAGCUGGCAAUGAUCGUCGUCCAGAUCUCCUGGAAGCUUACAUUGCUCGGCAUCGUCGAGACGGAUUGGUUAAUGGAGACUUCUCCAGCAUUGACAUCGCCUACUACAGACGACCUCAUUAUGGACGCUUGUUGUCGCGAGGACCUUCUGGUCAAAAGCUCACGCGUGAAGCAAGGUUCAUUGCCUUCGGCUCUCACUGCGCCGAAGUCGACGCUCCUUCGUGCCAUCCUCGUCUAUUAGUUUCGAAGCUGCGCGAAUCUGAACUUUGGGAUGAGGACAAGUUCCCCAUGCUGAACAAGGUCGUGCAGUUCUACAACCAGUGGAGAGAAUCUCUGGCACAGUAUUCGGAGUGUACCGUUGAGGAAGCGAAGGUAGAGCUUAUUCGCAUUUUCUACGGUGGCCGGCCUUCCGUUGAAAUCCCAUAUUUGCUCAAGCUUUGUGACGAGGUACAGCGUGCCGCUAUGCUGUUACUGAAGAUGCCGACUGCCAGAGUAUUCGCUGAUCUUUAUGAAGAUCGUCCUAAUCCAGAGUUCAGUCGGCUCUCAGCUCUCCUGUCUUUUGAGGAGGCGAAGCUCAUGCACAUCAUGUCAGAGCACAUGGGAGACUCUGUGCAAAUGCUGCUCUUCGAUGGGUGCUAUGUUGAAUGCGACAGUCUUGCUGCAGAGUUGGAUGUCGUCGAAGCGUGUCGGGCAUGUGAAGAGAGUGUGAUUCCCAUGGCCAUCAAGUCGUGGCCUUCCGGCACGGAGCUGUCAAGCAUAGCAAGGCUGUUGAUUCGCAAGGAUCUUGGACUUUGGAGUAUCUGCCGGGCUAGCUUGCAAGGGCCAACCUCGUCUUGCUUGCACUACGUGAUUGCUGUGCUCCAGCCUGACUGCGACACUGACCUCUUGGAGGUUACGGAAGAUGAAGGUGAUAUCUCCGCUAGGGAAUUCAACGAGCACAUGAGGUACAGUUCGCAGCGCGCUCCGCAAGACGCAUACCGCAUGAUCUACAUGGAGGAAGUGGAUCUGAGCGAGGUGAAUACCCUCAACGGUAACCUCAUUGUCCAUCAAGCAGCUCCAGGUGGUGGACAUUGGAGUGGCAUCCGAUUCCUGGGCGACUCGACAGUAUGUGUCGUGGAUUCUGAGUCUAGCGGGCGUCAUUUGCACACCACCUUCCAGAUCCUGUCUCAGAUUGUGUCCUCCAUGGAGAAUCUGUCUUGGUUUCGUCUUCAGACGCUUACCCACGAUGUUGCUCUGGAUCAUCACGCAGCCUAUGACCUUCGUGGAUCAGGACCUUGCAAACGACCUGCGUCGCAAGCCUCAAUCACAAUGAAAGUGGAUGUACACUGUCCAGAUAGACUGGUGCUAUCCUCACCCCUGCAGACGUGCUUGGAGUGUGGUGCCUCUAUUCGGAAAGAGCGUGUGAUCGAAGCACGCUUAUAUGCACUCGACGGGGUACAUCAUGUGGAACAUUUGACAAAGAAAUGCUCCAAUCGCAAUUGUGCAACAUUGCACCACUACAACUACCGUUGGGUGGGCGGCAACAAGAUCAACAGCUCUCAUGCAAGUGAUCUGGAAUUUGUUUUCGUGAAUCCCAAGACGGUCUUCACUCGAUCUUUCCUGGAUUAUCAUGGCAUGCUGCAGUUUCGUGGGCAUAUCAGUGUCCAUGCUAUCAACUUUGCGCAAAAGGAAGUCAUGUGGAAAGACGAAAAUGAGCAUGCUCGAUGGCGGCUAGAAUACUCUACCGCACAGUUGUAUCUCAAUGUCCUACAGGUCGGCGAGCUCAUGUGGUGCGACUUGUCGGACCAGGACACCGACAAGAAACUCCUGUCGAUCUGUUUGGAGAAGCCGCUUGCUGACAACUUCGUGCAGGAAUAUCACAAGUGGUUCCAAUCCAAUGAGAUUACUGUUAAGGAGAGUAAGUCUAUGUACGAGCUCGUGAUCGAUGGCCAUGAAAAGGUUUCAUCCAGGUGUUCUACUAUUACUCCUGCCCAUGGCGGACGGCCACGGAAGGACGGCACAGUCAAAAAGCGCACAAAUGGGUGGUUUAUGGCUAUUCAUCCAGAGUCCGGCCUCAUCGUUGGUGUGCAGGAGAUGAUCCACCCUGGAGAACAAUGA